CCAAAGAGUGAAGAGCUCCAAAAGUCUAUCCUGGAGGAGGCUCACUCUUCGGCAUAUGCUAUGCAUCCAGGAGGCACUAAAAUGUACCGAGACUUGAAGGAAAGUUACUGGUGGUCGGGUAUGAAGAGGGAUAUCGCAGAGUACGUGAGUCGAUGCCUUACUUGCCAACAAGUUAAGGCAGAGCAUCAGCACCCGGCGGGGCUUUUGCAGCCACUAACCAUUCCAGAAUGGAAGUGGGAGCACGUGACCAUGGACUUCGUGGUGGGGCUACCACGAACAGUGAACAACUAUGAUGCAGUAUGGGUAGUGGUUGAUAGGCUCACCAAGAGUGCACACUUUUUGCCUAUCAACAUCACUUAUCCUCUUGAGAGAUUGGCAAAGCUAUACACAGAGGAGAUUGUGAGACUACAUGGAGUCCCGAUAUCCAUUGUCUCGGAUAGGGAUCCACGAUUCACAUCUCGAUUUUGGCCCAAAUUUCAAGCAUCUUUGGGUACUAAACUGAAGUUUAGCACAGCUUUUCAUCCACAGACGGAUGGGCAAUCCGAGAGGGUGAUACAAAUUUUAGAGGACAUGCUUAGGGCAUGUGCUUUGGAGUUCCAGGGGAGUUGGGACAAACAUUUGGCUCUAGUAGAGUUCGCCUAUAACAAUAGCUAUCAGGCGAGUAUUGGCAUGCCUCCAUAUGAGGCAUUGUAUGGGAGGAAAUGCAGGACACCGUUGUGUUGGGACGAGGUUGGCGAGGCCAAGCUCGAAGGGAUUGAACUUGUUGAAAUCACCAAGGCUAAGGUGAAAGUCAUUCAGGAUAGACUCAAGGCAGCCCAAGAUCGGCAGAAGAGUUAUGCCGACAAACGACGAAGGCCAUUGGAGUUCGAGGUCGGUGAUAAGGUCUUUCUAAGGAUUUCCCCUUGGAAGGGUAUCAUCCGAUUUAUAUCGAGGGGAAAACUCAACCCCCGAUACAUUGGCCCAUUUGAAAUCCUUGAAAGGAUAGGGGCCGUGGCAUACCGUCUGAAGUUGACGCCAGAACUUGAGAAGAUACACGACGUGUUUCACGUAUCGAUGCUCAAGAAAUACGUGAGAGAUCCAUCUCAUAUUCUUGAGAAGCCACCGGUAGAGAUACGUGAAGAUCUACAAUAUGCAGUAGAACCGGUGGAGAUUGUCGGACAACAAGUGAAGAAAUUGAGGAACAAGGAGAUUCCAAUGGUGAAGGUUCUUUGGAGGAGUGAUCGAGUCGAAGAAGAAACCUGGGAGACGGAGGUCUCAAUGAGGGAGCAAUACCCGUUUCUUUUCGAUUAGACACGUGGAUUUCGGGGACGAAAUCCCAAAUAAGGGGGGGUGAACUUGUAACACCGUCCCCAAAUGUAUUUACUUUUAAGUGAAUAAUAUAUUGAACCUUGUAUAAUAGUUAAUGAGAAUAUGAAGUGGUGAAUUUUCAUUAAUUAUUUUGCAUGAAUAGUAAAUUCGCACGUGGGGCCCACACCGGGAGCGGGGGCCGCCCGAUAUUCCCGAGACCGUAUAUUUUAUUCAUCUUGGUCAAUAUAAUAUUUAUAUAGGGGUGGAUAACCUAUUGGUCCAAAGAAAUGAUAUGGAGUUGACCGGUUGAUCAAAAAGGCCAAAAUACCGGUACUGGUAAUUUAACAGAUAAAAGCCAGAAAUGAAUUUCUGAGACCUAUAAAUUAAAAGUUGGGGAAUGUAUAUUCACUAUAAGGGUUAUAUUGAUCGAGAACACGUAAUAUAUUUUAUUUGACCCGGUAAAAUAAAAUAUAUUUAAAACAGUCCGAAAAAUACAACUUUCGGGACUGAUUGUACACUUCGGGACGGAUUGGGAUGACCUCCCACAUGGGUGGGGGCCACCCCACGAAAUUGUCAACCAAAGGGGGCUGAUUGAGUGCUAGGAGGGCUGGAGGACAAGUGAAGGGAUGGGAGGAACACAUUUGACAUCUAGUGGACCCCCAUUUCCUUACUCAUUUGCAAAGAAAGACAAAAGAAACCAUCCCCCUCCUCUCCCACUCAUUGAGCUCGGCCAAGACACACCAAGGAGAGAAGAAACCUCUGCAAACCACCAUCCCCCAUAGCAAAUUCGAGCUCAAGCAAAGGAGUCCCAAGGAGGAAGAUUAAAGAAGGAGAAAACUAGGAAAAAGUGUGAAAAUUAAGGAACUUGAUAUAGAGUAUUUUGAGCCUCACCGGAGUUUCGCCGGAGUUUCGCCGGAGUUGGUCAAAGUUGGCCGGAGUUGGUCAAAGUCCGCCAAAGUUCAACCGGGAAGCGUAGAACGCGCUUAAGCUCACUUAAGGUGAGGAUGACCGACUAUAUUGUUUAUAAUUAUUGGGUUAAUUUCAUAAGAUUGCCUAAAUGAAUUAUAUGUGUUUGGCAUGAGUUAUUUAUGAUUAAGAAUGCCUAAAAUGGGAUAUAGUAUUGUUCAUAAAGAAAAAUGCAUAAUAUACAAAUUUAAGAAUAAAUUGUGUAUGAUUAUGUGUGGUGAUUAUAAUGACCCAAUUGUGGUGUAAGUUAUAAAAUUGUAUGGUGAUAAAUAUGCUUUUACCUCAUGAAGGGAAUAAAAGUGAUAUUUUGAUAUUGAAUCAAGUUAUACUUGAAUGUGAAAUUAAAUUGAAAUGUAUGAAUUAUUAUGAAAUUGGCGUUGGCUUAUUAAGAUUAGACGACUAAUAUUGAAGACUAGUCGGGGAUGUUAGUUCAAUAGUGAUUGGGAGCUAAUCCCAAGAUAUUGAAGCUAAGUAACCUUAAAGGAUAAUUAGGGUGGACUUUACGAAGUCAAGUUAUGUUAGGAGUAGACCUCAAGGGUUACUCAAAAGGAAUGGAGCCUAGACUAAGAAGUGGUUUAAGGAUUAGAUGACGUGACUACGAGCCGAGCUCUAGCACGUGGUAGUAUGACUAUGAGCCGAGCUCUAGCAAAAAUGUAGGAAUGACUAUGAGCCGAGCUCUAGCAAAAUGUAGUGUGACUAUGAGCCGGGCUCUAGCACAAAAAUGUAGGAAUGACUAUGAGCCGAGCUCUAGCGAAAUGUGGUGUGACUAUGAGCCGAGCUCUAGCACAAAAAUGUAGGAAUGACUAUGAGCCGAGCUCUAGCGAAAUGUGGUGUGACUAUGAGCCGAGCUCUAGCACAAAUUAACAUGACUAUGAGCCGAGCUCUAGCAUGAAGGAACAUAAAUUAAUUUCAAAUAGUAACAUCCUAAGUUGAGGGUCUUGGAAAUUGAAACUUUGAUUAUACUUAGUAUAGUUGUCAUUGUACUUGUCAAAUGCUUCCAAGUACUGACCUCCCCUUCACGGGGGAGGCCACCUCACAGUUUCAGGUCGGGAUUAAAGCUUGCCGCUACCGCCCGUUGUAUCGGAGAAUUCAAGAGAAGAAGACGUGGUUCGUGCUUCUUCUGUUUCUGUUUUGAAAACGAUUUAAACCAUGCUCAUGGAUAUUAUUUUUCUUUAAUAUGUAUUUAGGGCUUGUAUGCCCAUGUUGCCAAAGUGUGGCGUGUACAUUUGUAUUGAACAUUUCCGCUGCUUUAAAUGAUUAUUUUACAUUAUGUUGUUUAUGGAUGUACUAUGUGUGAAUGGUAUUCAAGACGCCUAGUAUAGUAUGGAUGAGUUGGACUGCGGUUGACUAUUCGUACUGUACGGCGGGUUGUUGACGUGUCCGGUAGGUCCGGGGCGUGACAUAACACAUUCCUCUGUUUCUUUUUAGUUGCAACAUGAAAAAGUAGAAAACUUUAUGUUAUUCACAUGAUCUUCUUUAAUUACAUUUUAUUUAUGAAUGUGUG